AUGAGUGAGCAGUGCUUUGAGACAAUACACGUUGGUGAAGCCUUUAGCGAUGCGGAAGAAGAAUCCUUGAUUUCUAGAAUCCACAAUGUAGGAAAUGUGUCGUCUAAACGAAAACUAGAUAACGCCGAGAUUAUUCACCCGGUCGACACGUUGGAUUUCAGUACCAUCGAGCUUGUAGUUAAUUAUUACAGUUUUGGUCUUACAGCAGUUAAUGCAGCUGUCAAAACAGGACGUGACCAGGCUGAAGCCUUGGCAGGAGCACAAGCGGCUGGUUGGGGAUCUCAACCAGGUUUCGGGCUGUCUGGAACAAAUGCCAAUACUAAUACCUUCACUCAAAACGUUGGGGGCUUCGACUUCUCCAGCGCCAACGCUAACGCUAACGCGUUCAACCAAGGGUUUGGACAAAACGGUUUUGGUGGCAGUGCGGCGAACGCAAACGCGCAGUCCUUUGAAAGUGGUGGUCCACUGGGAUCUUUUGGAGCUUCCGCAGCCAAUUCCGCCUCGCAAGGCUUCAAUGUAGGACCCGGUGGGCUUUCGGGGUCGGCCACAUUUGCAGGAAGCCAAACGUACGAUCUACCAGGGGACAGAGAAAUUUCUAUCUCUUACUCGAAUGGAUUUGGAAUCGGACCAGAUGGGCGUCCAACUAUUUCCAGAGGAAAUGCAAUUAGUGUGAGCUAG